AUGGCAGUCCCAGACGCCCCGUCUUCCCAAUCAAUCCCCUCUCAGGAGGGGCAACAGCCUGUCUCUAUCAUGGGCAGAGUCGGGGUCUAUGGAGCCAGCAACAACCAGCAACAUCACUACAACACGCCUGGAUACUGGAGCUACACUCCUGUUUCCGUUCCCCCGCAAGCAAGUCCCGAAUCCUCGGGCAAUCACGACCUACACACCCCUCUCAUGAUUCACAGCCUCCAGUGCAGCACUCCACCUCGCAAUUGGGAGCCACCCAAGCAGCUGGGCCCCACGCCUUGGGAAGCAACAGAACAACAAGCUCACAACCCCUACCCAGACUUAGAUCCCCAGCUUUCGCGCUACGUGUACAACGGUGGCAACAACAACAGCAUGUAUUCCACGGACUUUGGUCCCUCCUUUGGCGGAUUUGAGGGCCCCGAGAGUGGCUACAGCACCUCCCCAGGUCAGGACGAGCUCCCAAGCUCUGCCAACGACCACACCGCCAGCCAAACCCCGACACUCGUCGCGCCCAACCAAACCGGCAAGCACAGAGGGAGGUACGCCAAACUCAUUCACCAGGCCCUCUUGAGCGCUCCGAGGCACGCCAUGACACUGCACGAGAUCUACCAGUGGUUCUGCGAGCAUACCGAGACGGGCGAGCGCCCUAACAAAUGGUGGAAGAGGAGCAUCAGACGCAACCUCAGCACGAACCACGCCUUCAACAAACGUGAACGCCGUUCAAGUGCGGACUUGGCUGGCGAGAACGGUCAGACAGAUAAAAAGUUGACCGAAUGGUACCUCGAAACCUGGGCUCUCACGGGAGUGGAAAGCAAGCGCUACCCGCACGGCCCAGCGCAACAGCACCAGCCACAACGCCUACGUGUGUCAUCUCACGCGCCGCAGCACCGCAUCAUCCUUCCCAGGGCCGAAGCCGCGGCCGCGUCCUGCGCAGUUCCACGCGCCAGUCUCCGAUAG